UUUCGCCCGGUAGCAGACACUACUAAUUUAUCGCCGGCUAAAAAAAAUAUAUACACAUGUAUAUACGCAGUUAUACAUAUACAUGUAUACAAAGUUAUAAUGAAUUCUAAUAAGAAUUUUCUCUCAAGGUCUGAUUUAGUUCUUACAUCCAUAUACCCGUUUUUGAAUCAACUUUUUUCAUAUCUUAGUGCAAAAACAUUAUCAGUUUGCUCACAAGUUUGCAUGGUAUGGAAUAAAACUGUUCAAAGAGAGCUUAGUCGAAGACGCAAGUGGGAAAUCUUCUUUCAACAUUCAAAAUGCGAAAGCGGACAGUACACUCGUUUUUCUAACAGGUUUAUUUCAGAUUGUCAAGCUUUACAUAGAUGAUGACUUGCGCAUUGUUCCAAACUAUAUUCUUAAUUUUGAACUUAAAUCAAUAGAUUCUCUUGACGUAAUGAAAAGUAUUCCUAAAAGUUGUCAUCUUCUUUCUCUCAAAGUUGAUUGUGUAAUUAGUAAAGAUAAGUUGAGCACUACAUAUGUUAAUGGUACUCCUUACUGGAAGUCAGGUUUUCUUUUUAUUAAAAGAUCAUCAAUGCUUCAAGUGUAUCCAAUUGUUAUUACAAAUGAUGUUUGGAAGAGUUUAAAAAAACCACAAACAAGUUUUAGAAGCUGUUUUAAUGACCUUCAUCAGGCUUCUUUAUCGGGUUCUAUGGUUAUAUUAUUUCCUAACUAUUCAAACACAAGAAAUUUGAAUGCCAUUGCACAAAGCAUUAAAAAGGAUUGUGCUGAAUCUGGCUUUUUAAUAGUGGGAAGUUACUGCCUUGGAAAAUCAAGCAAUAAAAUUCCUGGUUUGGUUUUAUCAGGAUCAAAGUUAAGAUAUUUUUCUGUAAUUCACUCUACAAAAAACUAUGACGAAUUAGAUAAGGAGUUUCAUGAAAUAAAGCUUAAGGUAUCAAAUGCAAACUCAAUAUGGAAUGAUUUUAUGAUGUUAAUAUUUUCGUGUGUUGGAAGGCAAGAAGAGGCAGCAAUCGAAGUUGAACUUAUAAAUAAUUCUUUUCCUGGCAUUCAAAUUUAUGGGUGCUUAGGCCAGGGUGAGAUUUACAUAGAUGGUUCUAGAAAUCCUAGCAAGUGGAAAGGGCGACAUGCUUAUACCUCUGUAUUCUGUUUACUUUCACUUGAAUAAAGUUAUUUGAGAUUACUAUUUUAACCACCCACCCUCCUCCUUUUUCAAAAUACGCUCUAUCAAAGCAUCUUCUCAAUUAAAAAAUUCUUUUAGCUUUAUAUAAAAAUCUUGUAUUAUCAAAAAAUUUUCACAAAACCAAAGUUAAAAAUUAAAGCUUUUAAAUUAGUACUCUAGUAUUAACAUAUAUUAAACAUUAUUUCUUUUUCAAGUUGAACAUGUAGUCCUUAACGGAUCCGCAUUAAUGUGUUUAAAUAGUUUUUUAUAGAGAUAUUUAUAUAUUUAAUAAUAAUAAUAAUUAAUAAUGACCCUGCCGCCAGAGAAAGUUGCAGAAUUAAAAAAAGUUAUACAAAGUCAUUUAAAUCAGCUGGAUAUUCAUGGUCAAAUGAGAAAUGUACUCUCUGAAUCACUUCGACAAAGUCAUGCUGAUGGUACUCAUGACCAGGAAAAAAACUUAAUUCAAAUUUUAAAAAGUAAUGGAGUUGUUGAUGAUAUAAUGAAAACACUGAAGUUUAGUCCAAAUGAACCAAAAAAGGAAAAAGAUAAACAAUGGCUUCCAGAUGAACAUAAAAGAUUUCCUGUUGAUCCUGAAAAGCGAUAUUUAUAUUUUCAAAUACUUGGCGGUAAAGCAUUUCUAGAGCAUUUACAAGACCCUGAAGAUAUUCCUGGAAAUGUGGUUAGUACUUUUACUAUACAUGUUCACUUUAAUGGACAAAGAUAUAAUUCAAAAGCUGUAGCUUGUGCAUGUGAACCAGCAUUUGAAGAAGGUUUUUUAAUGGAACUUAAAAAGAACACAUCUUAUGACAAGAUGCAAGAAGCACCAUCAUUGCUUUUAAAUACUGAUAAAAUACAUAUUGUUCUCAUUAAACAUGAUCCAACUGGAGAUGUACACUUAAUAAGUUCUCAUCACCUGGAAUGGAGAGGUAUUUUAUGCUCGCCAUCUGGUCAUAUACGAAACUCAAUUGAGAUGAAUGGUGUUGCUACAGAAUCUAAAAUCCCAGUUGGUGUUUUGGAUAUAAGAAUGGACUUGAUUCCAAAGCUGCAACAAAUUUUGUCAAUGGAUGUCAUAACAACUCAGAUGAAUUUAGAGAGAAGUCGUAUAGCUGAAAGAGAGCGUUUAUUUUUGUGUUAUUCAAAACAAUGGUGGCGUGAAUAUUUACAAAUAAGGUCAUCUCAUUCUAAUAGGCUGAUUAAAAUUUUUGCUCAAGAUGAGAAUUCAGUUCAUCGUCUUGUAUGCUCCUACAUAAAACCAUUAAAGUCUGGACGGCUAAUUGACACUCCAAGACAAGCAGCAAGAUUUGUUUCAUUAAUUGCUUAUCAAAAUUAUCCAUCAAUGAGUGGUGGGUCACAUGAAAUGUGGACAACAAGGCACUGUUUUCUUUCCAGAGGAAAAGGGGAUGUUGAAGAUCACUCCGUAUUGCUAUGCUCACUUUUGCUUGGUUUUGGAUUAAAUGCUUUUGUGUGUAUUGGAACAAAAAAAAAUAACUCUCCGCAUUCUUGGGUUGUUACUAUAGGAACAGAUGACACUAUUUUGUUUUGGGAAAGUUUAACUGCUCAAAGAUAUUUACAUAAAGCUGUGGAUCCAAAUGAGUCUAAUGUGCUUAUAGAAAAACCAGAACACCCAUUUGUAACUAUAGGGUGCUUAUUUAAUCAUGAAACUUUUUAUGCAAAUUCUCAGCCUACUGAUGCUAUCAGCAUGUGUUCUUUUGAUAUUCACAAUCAAGCACAUUGGAAGUCAAUGAGUUUUGAUGCAAUAAAAUCUGUGUGUGGUCGCGGCCUAAUGCCUGAUAUUGCACCAUUAGUUCAUUUAAUACCCUCUUCUUUGGAUGGUAUUUUGAAAAGCAAUGAGCUUGAAAAUGAGUUAAGAGCAAUGGUUUUUCAGCACAGAAAUGAUAUGGGUCUUACAACUCAGUGGGACGAUGAACUUAGUUACCUUCUUUCUCCUGCUCUUGCUGCUUAUGAGUUUGAACAGUCUACUGGUGUAGUCAUGCCCAAUGAUGAUUUCCAGCAUGCUGUUAGAAGAAAUGUGCCUGAUGGUCAUACUUUUAAGGGAUUUCCCAUACAAUUUGCUCAUACAAAUUCUAGGAAAGCGUUUUCUACAUGCCUAAAAGCACCUGCUUGCAAUGAUAUUAUAUGUUGUCGAGGUGAUCAAGUCAAAUUGGCUCUUCGAGUACGAGUAUUUCCUUAUCCGGAAAGAACAUGUGUUGUUUGGAUAAUGUUUGCUGUAAAGUAUAAAUCGGUUUUGUAAAUAACAAUGUUUUGUAAAUAAAAUAAAAAACUAACUACAUAUAGAUUA